AUGACGCAGGUGCUCACCGGGCACGGAGCGUUCGGGGAGUUCCUGCUAAGGAUUCGGCGGGAGGUGACUAGUACGUGCCAUCACUGCGAGGAAGAAGAAGACACGGCACAGCACACGCUGCAGUUCUGCCCGGCAUGGGAGGAACCGCGCCGUGUCCUACGACUCGCCAUCGGUGAGAGUUUGGCCCCCGAAGUGAUCGUAGAAGCAAUGCUGAGGAGGAAACAGGAAUACAUCGCCGUCUGCCCCUACUGCGAGCAAGUCAUGCGCGCAAAGGAGCGCGCCAAAAGAGAAAGGGUGAGAGGAUAA